AUGGAUGACACAGAGAGACGUACGGCGAAGCGCUCGCGGUUCGACCAGAAGGAGCCGGAGCACAAGCGAGCCUCGAGAUUCGAUAGGCGAUCGCGUUCUCCUCCAGCAGUCAAGCACGAGUCGCGACGCAGCAGAAGCCCUGUUGGAAGACCUUCAGGCAGUCCCGUUCCCGAGGUGAAGAGAAGUUCUGUGGAUCCAGCGGCGGCAGCAGCUGCGGCGGCUGCCAGAAUCAAUGCCCAGCUCCAAGCCAAGAAGGGUAUUCAACAUGUUGACGUUCCUCCUAUUCGGUCAACAAUGAGCCCUGCUGGUGGAAAGUCUGCUUCUCCAGGUGCUUCGGGAUCAGGAUCGGGCUCAGGCAACAGCGCAGCCUUAGUCAACGGUGAGAUGUAUAUUGCAGAUGGCGACUACAUUCGAGAUAUCGAGGUCAACGACCUGCGCAACCGCUAUACACUGACCAAAGGUGCUACUCAAAAGAUGAUUAAAGAUGAGACCGGAGCUGAUGUCACUACCCGCGGAAACUACUACCCCGAUAAGAGCAUGGCCACUGCUGCUAAUCCGCCUCUCUACCUUCACGUGACGAGCACGUCCAAGCAAGGCCUCGAGCAAGCUGUCCAGAAGAUCGAAGAGCUAAUGCAGCAGGAACUUCCUAACUUGGUUGAUGAGCGCAGAUUCCGUCGACGAGAGCCAGAACAAGUAGAGAAAGAUGAGUUUGGUAGACGCAAAUGGCCUGAAGAGAAGAUCCCCAUUGACUUUGAACCAAUCCCAGGCUUCAAUCUUCGUGCUCAAGUGGUUGGUCCUGCUGGUGCCUAUGUGAAGCACAUCCAACAAGAAACCCGCUGCCGCGUUCAGAUCAAGGGACGUGGCUCUGCAUUCAUGGAGUAUGGAACAGGUCAAGAGAGUGAGGAGACGAUGUAUCUUCAUGUUGCAGGCCCCGAUCCUAAUGAAGUCCAGAAGGCUAAGGAACUUUGCGAAGACUUGCUGAAGAAUGUUAGAGAGCAGUACGAAGAAUUCAAGAGCCGCCCUCAACCUUCUCGUGGUUAUGGUGGUAACACAGGUUAUGGAGGCGAGCGUGGCUACGGAGAUCGUGCACCAGACAGAUCAAACUCGUAUGGAGACCGCUCCAACUCCUACAAUGGUGGCGGCCAUUCCGGCGGUGGCUAUGGUGGAGGUUAUAACAAUUCACCUGCACCGCAAUCCAACAGCGCUAUGAGUCCGACAACCACGUCAGCACCUGGUGCUGGCAGUCCUACCGCAACAGCCGAUUAUGCAGCUCAGUACGCCCAGUACUACGCUGCUCAAGGCCAAGGAGGUGCCGACCCAUAUGCUGCUUACGGUGGAUACGCAGCGUAUGUUCAGUACUACCAAGCAUACAUGGCACAGGCAGCCGCUGCUCAACAGCAAGGUGCCCCUGGCGCCCCUGGUUCUGCUCCCGGUGCUCCGGGCUCAGCUCCCCCUCCACCACCAUCCGAGGCUCCACCACCACCGCCGCCAUCAGGCCCUGCCCCAGGUUACAACUCUGUCCCUCCCCCACCUGGAAUGUGA